AUGUCUCUUGGGCCGCAAACCCACUGGGUGGAGGGCACCCCACAUCAUAAUCCAGUACCCAAACCGUACGGAAGGCUCAGCUACAGAGCCCCAUCACCACCUACGAGCACCAAUCUCGCCAAACGACAACCAGCACCAUCCACAGCAGCCGCAAUCAAGCUACCCCAUCCGGCUAUAGUUGCCGCCACCACAGCAGCGCCCAUACAACGGCGUAACACGGGUGCGCAACACCAGCAACCACCAGAGAGCGGUGCAUCAACCGGGGAGCACCCGAACACACCAGCACCCCGCCUAGCAACCCCGACAACAAUCGGCACCAACAAGAACCACGGCUGCUACAGCAGCAGCUACAACUACAACACCAACAACAGGGGUAAGCACCAGGGUAACCAGCGCGCCAGAGCGCCAGCGACCGCGCAAAGAGCGGUAACACCAGCGAACCGCCCAAAGAGCGGCGGCACUAACCGCAAAAGCGUUAACCAGCAACGACAACACCAACAACAGGGAUUUAUGUUCUUUGGUUUGACCUUGAAGAAUAUGCGCAUGCGUCUAUGA